UCAAUAUACAUCAAGUCACAAAGAAAUCUCGUCUAUAGUAAAAUCUUUUUUAUCUUAAUAUAAAUCUUUGUAGAUUUAAGUGGAUUAUCAACACAUAAUUAUCAUUGAUAUCAUUGAUAUACGGAUACAUUUAACAGAAUGAGUAUAAAAAAAGCUAAUUUGUUGAAUUGACAUCAAAUAGCAAGAUGUUCUUUAAAGCAAUCGUGUUCUUUGCUAUCCUAGCAGUGGCAGUCACUGAGAGACCUCGUGUAGGUCUCCAGAUGCCGCCAAUUCUGCCGCCUUUUAAAGGCCUUCGACCGCCAAUGUUACCUCAAGUAGUCGGAGGUGACGAAGCUCCGGAAGGAGGUUACCCGUUCAUAGUUUCCCUUCAAGCGUUCUCCCAACAUUUUUGCGCUGGAUCGAUUUUGAACGAAGGAUGGAUUAUAACAGCAGGGCAUUGUGUUCAAGCAGUUCCUUCUGCUGACCUUAUUACCGUUAAGGCUGGCAAGCAUAAUGUUAAUGCUAAGGAGAACACUGAACAAGUGGUCCAAGUGGUACUAGGUGUCGUACAUAGCGAUUAUCAAGGUGGCGUUGGCCCAUAUGACAUUGGUUUGCUUAAACUUGAGUCUCCAUUGAAGCUCAAUGAAAGAGUACAACCCAUCGAAUUGGCAUCACCAGAAAGUGAUCCAACGGGAGAAGCAUGGCUUUGUGGAUGGGGCUCUACCUCAACUAGCUUUUUGCCAGACAUGCCAGAUAAACUUCAACAUGUUCAGAAAGAAUACGUCGAUCGUGUUACUUGUCACGAAUCGGUCGUACGCCUGACUGGAUCUUCUCCCGUUCAUGAAACCAAUGUCUGUACUGGUCCAUUAAAAGGUGGAAUCUCCGCAUGCAGCGGUGAUUCCGGUGGUCCUCUAAUCUCUAAGCGUCCAGGACAAAAGCCAGUGCUCACUGGAAUAGUAUCUUGGGGUAUUAUUCCAUGUGGUAGUGCAGGUGCGCCAUCCGUGUAUACUAGGGUAUCCAAAUUUAACGAUUGGGUUGAGCAGCGGUUAAUUAUUUACGGCAAUCAUUAACGACGGCAUUGACGAUGUAUAAGUUCAUAUUAAUGACAAAUUAUUGUAUGUUAUUCAAUAUAAAAUAUGCAGCAUAAAUA